AUGAUUCUCAAAAACAGUCUGCUUACAGCAGCUACGCUGCCGGCUUUGGCCUCUGCCGCUUGCAUCUCCUCGGGUAACCAAGAUACGAUCAACAAUGCGCUUCGAUCUGGAGGAAACGGUGCUGUUGUUCAGCUCUGUGCCAACGCGUUGAUUCAGAUCACGAGUCAAAUCAGCUUCACUGCCGACAACCAGGAAAUCUCCACGCAGGGCUACCCUACCGGUAGCACAAGGGGUACCAUUCAGGUUGCUCCAGGCAGCUCUGCCAGUACCUUGAUCUAUGGCAAGAACUUCAACAAUAUUCGUAUCAAGAAUCUUCAGCUUGAUGGAAACCGAGGUGGAGCUGGCCUGUUCCCGGGUGGCGCUGCUAACAUCGAGAUUGGCGGCUUCACCACCGGCCAGGUCGUCUCCAACGUGGCGUCGAAGAACCCUCGUGGUUGGAGCUGUCUCCAUGCCAUUGGCUCUGGAGAUAACAACAAUCCUUGCAAGAACGUCACCAUCAUCAACAAUGACAUCGGCCCAUGCGGCCAGUCUGGUACCGAUGCCAACGGAAAUGGCCAGUGGGCAGAUGGCGUCUCUCUUGACUGCACGGCCUCUCUUGUACAGGGCAACACUAUCAAUGGCCCUACUGAUGGCGGUAUUGUCAUCUUUGGUUCUCCUGGUAGCACCAUCACGGGCAAUACCAUCAUCUCGUCCCCCGACUACGUCGGCUUCGGUGCCAUCAACAUGGUCGAUGGCGAGUACGAUGGUAGUUACGCUGGCGUCAGCGUUACCAACAACAACAUCCAAGGCAACAAAUUGUUUAACCUUGGCAUUGGAAUUGGCGCCAACGUCUGGUCCUUUGGUGAUCCCCCGCCACCGUUGAAGGGCCCAGCUACCGUCACUGGCAAUACCAUCAGUGGCCACGUCAGCUUCCCCAUUGCCAUCAACGGAUGGUCUAACGGUCUAACGGUUACCGGAAACACCGUGUCGGGCGUUCCGUCGCCCAAGUCCAGCUUCUCCGAUGCUUCCCAGUGCAGCGCCCCAAUCCAGAGUGUUUUCAACCAGAACGCAAAUCUCAUUUACUACCCAGCUGGACUCACUGGAAAUCAGAACCUGCAGUCCGGAUUUGUCGCUGCCCCUGGCAAUACGACCAAUUUCUUGUGCUCAACUAUCGCGCUUCCAAACUCGGUCACCUUCAACGCUGGACAGUUGACCAUUUCCACCGAUACUGGUCCAUUUGCAAGCCUUCACAAUGUCAUUGCCCAGUAUCAGGGUGAUAACAACCUUGUCGUUCUCCAGGCUGGCAAACCUGUCUGGGCCAGUGGGCACACCCUGAGCCAGGGAUGCGGUAGCCCUUCUGGAUGCCAACUGAGGUUCGAUUCUAGCGGUAACCUGGGAACUUACUUCAACAAUGCCGUUCAAUGGCAAACGAACACUUCGGGCAGGGGUAAGACCAUGGUUGUCCUCAACCAGGCACCUUGGAUUCAGAUCAAGGACGGCUCUGGCAAUGUCAUCUGGGACACUACCAAGAGCACUUGA